CCAAGUGCCAGUUCACUCACUGUAAAACGUCUGACAAGCGGCAAAAAUUCAUCACACAAUUCAUUUCAUUAUUUUGUAAAAGAAAAGGUUUUUAAAUUAUACAAACAGCACUUUGACUGUAAGGUUAAGUAAAAAAUACAAAAUACUGAAAACAUAGUUUAUGUAAAAAGUGUUAAAACCCCGGGAAAUUCUUGAAAUGAACAUGAGUAAAUUGCCAAGACUUUUUUGCUAGUUCAGUUUGGAAUAGAACUCUUUUUUAGUACUACAUCAUGGAGCAAAAGAGUGAUGUUGUGGAUCUUGUUUCAUCUUUGUUGGAUUCUGGAAAAUACAAAGAAGCUUUGGGCAUACCAAAUGAAAAAAAAUAUGCAGAAAGUUUUAAAGAUAACUGCUGGGACUUAAUAUCUAUUGUAGUUAGUAAAGUUCAAAAUGAUACUAUCACCUUAAAACCAUCUCUCUAUGGUGCUUGUGAAGAACUACUCUCAGUUAUCAUAGAAAAGGCAACACCUGAAGAGGCUUUGCUUGAAUUUAUUGAACAAAUUGAAGUUGCCAAAAAUGAUACACAAUUUAGUAUUAUAUUGAAUCCUCUGCAAAAAUUACUCAAAAAAUUGUCAGUGAAAAGAGGAAGAUCUUUAGAAUGGUGUCUUAACUCUAUAAGUACAUACAUAGAAGCUAUACCCAUUCCUGAACACCAAUUAGAAGGAAAAGAGAGGUUGUUGAUGGACAGUGACACUAAUGUUAGAAGAAUAAUACAUGUGUACUCACUUUUACCAUCCUUCUACCAGCCCUUUGUUGAAGAGGUAACUAAAAAUGAUUGUAAUAAUAAAACUGUUACCAUUAUUGCUGCCUUCUUGAUUAGUCUCUUUGGGAAGCCAUUGAUUUAUAUGGAUUUAGAUCCUGAAUCUGGUAUAAAUGGCCAAUUUCGACAAUGUUGUGAAAUAAUUCUUAAAGAUGUAUGCACACUCGUAAAAAAUGUUUUAAAGUUUAUACCAUAUCUCGAAAAGGCUUACAAAGAAAGUCAAAUUGCUAAUCCAAAAAAGAAAACAUCUGAUAAUGAUGAUGAUGUACAUCCAUAUGAGCACAAAGAAAAAAUUAAUGUUACAACAUUAUCAGGACUAUUCUAUCUUACAUUUUCUGGUGAUUUUGAGUUUCCAGGUUAUGCAGUCCCUCAAGUUUUCUCAUCUGAGUAUAUAGUUCAUAGUGCAUUAUUAAGUGUUAAUCACUUUUUACAGUUUGCAGAGUAUGGCCCUCAAAUAAAAGGCCUGGCAUUAUGUAACAAUUUACUGAGACUUUAUGACAAUAAAACAUCACACAUAUUUCUAAAUUUAUCUAUACAUUAUGAUUUAUGUAAAAGUCUAAUAAAUUUAUCAAUAUAUUCAAGUUAUGAAACUGUGCGAAAGAAUUCUGUGAAAUUAAUAGGCAUGCAUAUAAACAAAUUUGAUUACAAAGGUAGGAUAAUGCUUAUUAAAUAUAUUAUAGAUGUAGCCAAUCAUUCAGGUAUGAUAGGUUAUGCUAUAACACAAUACAAAAACUCAUUGGAUGAAGCAUUUAAAGAGUCAGACUUACCAGAAUGCUUCAGUGGAGCGCAAUUUCUUAACAUGGUCAAGAAAAUUUGUUAUCUGCCACAUGGAGUUGAAUCUGACCUUGUAGAAUUAGCAGACCAGAUUAUUACAGCAUUAAAUUUCUUAAGAUAUUUGGCAUUGAAGGAUGUCGAAAAUAAAACAGGAAUUCGAGAAUGUUUUCCAGUUAUUGAAACUGAUUACUUGGACAAAUUACGAACUGGCCUUAAUAUGUCUAAAGCUCAUUAUGAAAUGAAGUUAAAAGAGUUAGAAGAAUCAAAAGGUAUAUCUAGUAAGGAGGACAAAAUAUCUAUUAACGUUGGAGGAAACAUGUUGGACAAGAUUCCCACAAAGAAUAAGAAAGAGAUCAUUCACUCUGCACUCAAUGCUUUCCACUUAAUUGAGGGUCUUGUUGGUCGUUUAUCUGAGUGUGUAAAUAUUAAUAAGGCACAAGUAAACAAUAAUUAGAAAUUAUUUUUAUGCAUAAAUAAAAAUAAAUUAUUUGAAAUUGUUUUA